CUUUUCACAAUAAAUGAACCUGAUAUGAACGAACCUGACAUAAAUGAACCUGAUUUUUUCUUUAACCCUGAUCUUUUUAUUAAGUUCGACCCUAUUAAUAAUCAAAAUAAAACUAUUUCGACUUCAUCAAAACUUUACAAAUCGAAUAUGGCAAGGACUGAUGCAGCUUUAUUUGAAAAUGAACAAGUUACCUUUGAUUUGUUUUUAGAAAACAACGUGAUUAUUCCACUAUUUCUUCAUUCUAAU